AUGUCUGCUCGCCGUGCGCCCGGCGCGCCACGUCCAUUAACAGCCUUGGAACGGAGGAGAGUAAUCAUCGCCCUGCGAGACCGGCUCCGGCCUAACGUUACCGACCGCACCUUGUUGGAGACGUAUCUCACUUCCACAGACUGGGAUGCCGAGGCCGCCUAUAAUCUUUGGCAGGCAGACAGGGCCAAGAUCCUUUCUGAACGUGGUGCCACAGAAGACUCUGUCUCCAGUGCCGAAGCAAGCUCGGAAGAUGAAAAGGGAGACGAGUCAAGCUCCUCAAGCUCUUCAAGUUCCUUGAGCAACCCGCCCAGAACUGCUGCUAAUGUUACUGUCAUCACCGCAGAAGACGACGAGGACGAAAAGGAUGGAAAGAAUGAAGAGGAAGAGGAAGAAGAAACUCGAACAUUGAAUGUCAUGCGCAGACACCUCCUUGGUGCCCGUCUCAAUCACAACGUGGAACAAGAGCGUCGAGAUGCCGCCGUGGCACUUCGUUUGCAUUACGAAUCUGAGAUGGAAGAGACACUCGGGACGACAACCUUGAGUCCUUCAGAAGCGAUACUUCUUCUCCAUGUAAACUCAUGGGAUCUUGGCGAGGCGGCCGACAGCUUCACAUCAUUAGAGGACGUCCGCCUGCAACUUCGUGAUUAUGACCGGAUGCGUACGCGUCUGCCAACGGCGAUCGAUCCCGACGAGGUCGACACCAUGAGAGAACAAGAUGAACGGCUCGCCGAGUUCAUAAACAUCACUGGAAGGCCUGACUGGUGGUCUUUGCGCGUGGUAUUACAGGACCACAAUUGGAAUUUGAUUGAGGCUGUCUCAUUCUGGUUCUUGCGCGGGGUUUCUCCCGUUCGACCGUCCAAGAAAGAGGUCCACAGAACUACCAAGGAGGAUCCUGAUGGGAAUAUAAUCGAAUUUGGUAUCCGCGUCGGUGUAGACGAGAGGUCAUUGAAAUGGCCAUCGGCUAAACAAUGUGACGUACCUGCCGCGAUUUUCAUGGACGAAGGUUGGGGAGUAGAACCAGACCAAUACACCCCGACUGAUGCCUCCGAGACGGAGGAGAACGACGAGAAGACGAGGAAAGGUAAAAGCAAGGUGAUCAAAAAGGCCGGCGUGCGCGGUAUUGAGGGUUUCCUACUCGGCGUCAAUGGUGAUCCUUACGAAAGAGUGUAUAAAGGAUGUCCGAAUCCAGCCAAAUUCCUCGUCGAGCACAUCUCCAAGGGCAGGUAUACAUUCAAGCGCUUCAGACAAGAGAAAAGGUUUAUAUGGCCGGACCUUAAGAAGGAAAAGUCACCCAUGUCUCCGUCGGCGCGGGUAGAGUUCGACUGGAACGACCCUUCCCACAUCCAGUUGUUGAACAAUUGGCGUCGACAAGCGGUUGACCGAACAAUCAAAGGCUCCAGACACAAUCCGGGUCAAGCAUGGUCCCAGGAAGAGGACGAGUAUUUGAUCAAGCUGAGCGAGGAACUUUUCGAAGAAAAGAGUCAAUCUUCAACACAUUCCAAGAGAAAGACAGUGGUGGUCAGCAACAAGAAGAAGGAAGAAUGGCGAGAGAGUUUUAACAAGAAAUUCACUGGCACGAUCCCGCAAGGCUCGACAGAGCCGCGCACUGACCGGACACUAGCGGCGUUGAUGCAACGCAGAAGCCGCAUCCAGGAGAUUGUCGACCGGUUUCAUGUGAAACCAGAUGCCAGAUACUUUUUGAAUACCAAGCGCCAAGCUGGCAAGAGGCGCAAGCGCGCGGACUCAACUGGAGAUGCAGAUGCACAUGUAGACCAGUCGAACAUGGCCACAAGCGGUGAAAUCAUUAAGGGUGAGGAAGGUCCUGAGGACAAUGGAGCCUCCGGCGAUGAUGAGGAGGUUCCCAUGGAUAUAUCCUCGGACGAUGACGAGGGGUCCGCUCCUAUGGAUCUUUCAGACUGA